AUGUCGACCAACACCACCGCACAUCUCAAUGGCCAGGAAGAAAGCGUCGGUUCCUCGCGGGGCAAGGCUCCCGACGGCGGCGAGACCCAAGUUGGCUUCAGACCACAGGCCAACAUGACCGUGCAGCCUCCGCGACAGGAAGAUUUGCAGAAGAGCUAUGCAAGCAUUGUUGGAGACGAAGCCAACCCCAAGGGCUGGUAUGGUACAAUGGUCAACACCAUCGGCUCUGCCAUCGGAACGCUGGGUGCCUUCCCCUGCUGCAUUUGCUGCCCGAACCCGUACAAGAACGUGCAGCAGGGCAACGUUGGCCUCGUUACCAAGUUCGGUCGCUUCUACAAGGCCGUCGAUCCAGGCCUGGUUAAGAUCAACCCCUUGUCGGAGCGCCUGGUCCAGGUCGACGUCAAGAUCCAGAUCGUCGAGGUCCCCAAGCAGGUCUGCAUGACCAAGGACAACGUGACCCUGCACCUAACGUCUGUCAUCUAUUACCACAUCGUCUCGCCCCACAAGGCCGCCUUUGGAAUCGCAAACGUCCGCCAGGCCCUCGUCGAGCGCACCCAGACCACCCUCCGCCACGUCGUCGGCGCCCGCGUUCUCCAGGACGUCAUUGAGCGUCGUGAGGAGAUCGCCCAGAGCAUCGGCGAGAUCAUCGAGGAUGUCGCCGCCGGCUGGGGUGUCCAGGUUGAGAGCAUGUUGAUCAAGGACAUCAUCUUCAGCCAGGAGCUUCAGGAGUCGCUCUCCAUGGCCGCGCAGAGCAAGCGCAUAGGCGAGAGCAAGAUCAUCGCCGCCAAGGCCGAAGUGGAAUCGGCAAAAUUAAUGAGGCAGGCCGCCGACGUACUCGCGAGCGGCCCGGCUAUGCAGAUAAGAUACCUGGAAGCAAUGCAGGCGAUGGCGAAGAGUGCAAACAGCAAAGUCAUUUUCCUUCCCGCAACGAACCAGACUAUUCCCGACAUGAAUCCUAACCCUAACCUGACCCCUAACCUUAACCCAAACGGCGAGGGUACCAGCAACAACCCCUUCCACGUUGGUGAUUCGCAGGACCCUGGUUACCAGCAGGCACUGCAGGCACGCAUGGUUGAGAACAUCUAA